AUGGACCCCCAGGCACUUUUGGCGCAGGCAGACAAAAAGGCCACCACGACCGGUGGUUUUUUCACUAAAGUAUUCGGCGGCUCGUCGUUCCAGUUGGAAGAGGCGGCUGAUUUAUAUAUCCAGGCGGCAAACGGCUUCCGCCUGAACAAGGACCAGACUGCAGCGGGCAAGGCCUUCGAAAAGGCCGCCACGGUGCAAAAGCAAACCGACCUGAAAGAUGAUGCAGCCAACACCCUGGUUGAGGCGUACAAAUCGUACCGGCAGGUUGAUCCCGAGCAGGCAGUUCGUGUGCUGGACGAGGCCAUCCACCUUUUCACCCUGCGUGGCCAAUUCCGCCGGGCAGCUAAUUAUCAGAUGGACAUUGGUGCCGUCUACGAGAAUGAUUUGGCCGAUCUGGCUAAGGCAAUCAAAGCAUAUCAGGACGCAGGUGAUUGGUACUACAACGACCAGGCUGAGGCAUUGAGCAACAAGGCUUUUCUCAAGGUUGCGGAUCUUGCUGCUUUGAACGGCCAGUACGACAUGGCCAUUGAGAACUUUGAGAGAGUUGCCAAGCAAAGUUUGAACUCAAACCUGUCCAAAUGGAGUCUCAAGGAGUACUUUGUGAAGGCCACUAUGUGUUAUCUUGCUGAAGGAGACUUUGUAGCUACCAGCCGGGCGUUGGACCAAUAUAACGAGUGGGACCCCUCAUUUGGCUCAACCAAAGAGUUCCAAUUCCUCACUGACAUUGCCGAAGCAGUCAAGGAUGGCGAUGAGCAGGCUUACACUGAUAAGUUAUGGGAAUACGACCGCUUCAACAAGCUCGACAAGUGGAAAGUGUCGAUGGGGCUGAAGAUUAAAGAACAAAUUCAGGGGGCGGAGGAUGAUUUGCUGUAG